CCGUGUACGCAACCGCGCUACGCGUCGCGACUCGUCCGCCUUCUGCUUCUGCUGUUCUGCAGCUGCGUUGCAGAAGAAGUACGGCCUGGAUGAGAAAACACAAGCGUAAGCUGGCGCGUCAUGAGUCCGAGAUCGCGACCGCGAACAGGGGCAUCCAGACCAUCAGGUCCGCGUACUCCUACGCGGCACCGUUACGCGACUUUCUUGCGCGGUUUGUCGGAUUCACAGUCACAGAGGAUACUAGCGAGAGUCAGGAUGAUAUCCUUGGUGAUUUAUUAGAAUAUGCGAUUGUUGCUGUGGAAAAUCUGGAGCAGACGGAAACGGCGUCGGUGAAGCUGCGGGCACUGGCUCCUGAAGAUCAAAGGGAUUCGGCUCAGUUCCCGUCCAUGACACAGGUCAUAUUCCGGGUCAUUCAUGCGCUCUCAUCAACAUCUGGCAGAUGGGACCGGAGCAACGUGCUAGCAACAGGAUUCACCUCCCGAGACGAAGAAGGUGCUACGAUAGGAAACCCCGUCGUCCAAAGGUAUGCGAGCGACCACUAUCGUCUUCUCUGUGGCGUGCAGUGGCAGCGCUUGCUUGAAAGGAUUGGAGGGCACGCCAUGAUGUUUUUGCUCCGUUACGGGAGUAUUUAUGUGACUAUCGACAAAAGCGUUGACUCUGCUUUUCAUCAAUUAUCCGGUAUUGAACCCUCUCUCGACUUAAGUACCAUUUCUCUGCCCCGUACUUGUGUCUAACAUCACAUCUCCUCCAGGACGCGCACUGCACGAUCUGCAAUUCUUCGGAAACGCGAAGCGGCAGAAGCGAAGAGCCGGAGACAUUGCACAGCAGAACAUCGCUCCUCCGUCGUCACCCGCCAAAUUACUUUCGUCGC